GCCGCCGCGGCUCCGAUGGCGCCCGUCCCGCUCGUGCUGGCGCUGCUGGUGCUCCUGGCCCUCGCCGACCCCUCGCCGCCGCCGCCGCCGCCGGCAAAGGAGACGCGGAGCAGCAACGGCGGAGGCGGAGGUCCCGACGACUGGUCCUUUGUGGCGGAGUAUUUUGUCCAGGGCGCCCAGAAGCUCUCCUUCUACAGCUGGUAUGCCAAUGCCAGGCUCUUUCGCUUCCGCGUGCCAGAGGAUACCGUCCAGCUGCGCUGGCUCCUUCAGGCAUCCCAGGGAAGGGGUCCCGACUGCAGCAGCACAAACAUCACUGUCCACUUCCGCCAUGGUGCCCCUCCUGUCAUCAACCCCCUGGGCACGCAGUUCCCAGCCAACACAAGCGUCCGCCUCGCCUACAAUCUGACCACGACUCUGGCCACUCUGGUGCAGAACACCACCUUCGUCAACGUCACAGGACCUGCUGCAGGCGACUGGUUCAUGGUGGCCCACCUACCCAAGGCCGCAGGGAAGAUUGAGGUGAAGGGCAUCUCAACGCCUUGCACCUACAGCUUCCAGCCGGACAUGUUUGUGCUGCGCGUCAUCGACACGCUGAUUCUUGAGCCCGACACUCCGGUGCAGCAGACCAUCGCCCAGCCCGCCAGGCCCCUUCAUGCCAAGGUCUUUGUCCCCGGCUACAGUGCCGCGCUGCACUUUGAGCUGGGCAGCUGCAAGGUGAACACUUCCAGCCCCUGUGCCCUCCGUGUCACGCUGGGCUCUGCCACUCUGCACUCGCACUCCCAGAAGGUGCUCAACUGCUCCGGGGACUGCAGCGGCAUCCUCGCUUCGCCACCAUGGCAGAAGUGGCUGCCCAUCAUGGUGGAAAGCCUCAGCGGCCCUGGGACCAGGGUCUCCUUUCAGCUGAAGGCCUCCUUCACAGUGUGCAAGCCUGACAGGGCCAGCUCCUUCCUCAGCUUCUACCAGAGUCUGAACCGGAGCCAGGAGACACCUUUGCCAGGAGGAAGCCCCAACGCCACCCUGCUCACAGGAGCCGGGGCAGCGCACCACCCCCUAGGCCAAAGCAGCCGCUGCCUGCGCAACCAGCCUGUCAUCCGCGAAGACCUGGACGUGGUGUCUCUGCAUUUCCGUGUCCUUGGAGACGUUAGUGUGCCUGUCGAGGCCGAGCCGCCGGCUUUGCUCCUCUUCAACCUGAACUCGGGCAUGGACAGCGGGGGGACCCUGGUGCUGAAUCUGGCCCUUAACCAGACCGACUGGAGCCUUGGGAACGCCUCGGUGUGGGCCUGCUUGAGUGCCAGCUCCCCUGUGCUCUCUGCGAAUGCCACGAGGGGCUGCCACACAGCUUUCUCCCAAGGCUAUCCGCUGAACGUGUCCACCUCUUCUCCAGACGCUACACUCAUCAUCCCAUACCCAGAAACGGACAACUGGUUCCUGUCCAUGCAGCUCCUCUGCCCGGAGACUGUGGGGGAAUGUGACAAAGCCAAAGCCCAGGUGUCCGUUGUGACCUACCUCAGCCCCUGCUUCGAUAACUGCGGGACAUAUGGGCAGUGCAACCUCCUGGGCCGCAGUUACCCUUACGCCGGGUGCAGCUGCAAAGCGGGCUGGAGUGGCUGGAGCUGCACGGAAGACACCAAGGCCCAGCCUGUCGGCACACAGAUCCUGGCCACGCUCCUGCUGACGCUCAGCAACCUCUUCUUCCUGCCGGCAAUCGCUGUUGCGCUUUACCACUACCACCUGGUGGAAGCCUCCGUUUACACCUUCAACAUGUUCUUCUCCACCUUCUACCAUGCCUGUGACCAGCCCGGUGUUGCAGUGAUGUGCAUCAUGGAUUACGACACGCUGCAGUUUUGCGACUUCUUUGGCUCUGUGGUCUCCAUCUGGGUGACCGUCCUGUGCAUGGCUCGACUGGAGAAGACCUUGAAAUAUGUCCUCUGUGUGCUGGGGACCCUGUUCAUCGCCAUGUCACUGCAGCUGGACCGCCGAGGGGUUUGGAACAUGAUGGGGCCCUGCCUCGUGGCCCUCCUCAUCAUGAUUGCAGCUUGGGUUCACCGUGGCGUGACACGGCGCGACUGCUACCCGCCCUCCUGGAAGCGCUGGGCUUUCUUCCUCUGCCCUGGGAUCACCCUGGCUGUGGUGGCCAUUAUGGUGUAUGCCUUCAUUCAGACCAAAGAGAACUACUUCUACACGCACAGCAUCUGGCACAUCCUGGUGGCCUCCAGCGUGGCCUUCCUCCUCCCACCUGGAGACAAGCUCCAGAAUCCGUGGGACUGGUCCCGCAAGCUGCUCUGCCGCUACCAGAUUUGCAAGAAUGACCGCGAGGAGCUCUACGCCGUGACGUGACAGACUGAGAGGGGGCGGACUCUCGCGAGGCUCUGGCCCCAGGGCCUCCCUCCACGCUUCUGGGUCGGCUUGCCAGCCGCUUCCUGGUGCCACCUGAAGGCCAUCCAUCCUGCAGGAGAGACCAUCACGCUGGCUGGGUGAAGAACAGGGAGCUGCGAGGGUCCACAAGACAAGACGGCUCACUAGUCUCCACCCUUACCUGAGAGGUCACCCACUCAUGAAGCAGGUCUCUCCUCCAGUGGAACCAGCAGCACUUUCUGGAGCCUUCAGGUGCAUCACCACAGCCUGCUUUUGUUGAAUCUGCGUGGCUGGGAACUGGGAACCAGGCAGUUCUGCAAUCCUGGGAGUGGGGGUGGAGUGACAACUAGACACAAGUGUUCCUUGUGGGGCUUGUAGACAGGAGGCUGGUGUGCAGCUCCUGGCACCCUGUUAAUGUGGAAAGAAGAAACAUGGUUGCUCAAACCUGAGAGGGGUGUGUGAAUGAUAAGAAUGCAAGGGACACACCUGGGCUAGGGAGGGAGGAGAGGCGUCCUUGCUGGCCGUGGUUGGAGAAACCGUGUAUUGCUCAGGGAGGUGCCAAGUUUCUCUGUCCUGAACAAAAAGCUGAGCUGGAGCAGCCCAGUUCUGUUCCUCUGCCUGUGGGUGCCAAGCGAGCUCUGCCGCUCACUGCCAGGCCUGAGACUGACUUGGUCACGUGAUACUGCUGAAUGAAAACCUCGUGGCACUGUUGCCAUUCAGCGGUGCCCAUCCACCAGCCAGGUUGUUCAAGAGCCUUCAACUGCUGGUGGGCUUUGGACUUGGGUGAAAGCAGGGAGAUCCUGUUCUUGCAUCUUUCUCUCCACCACUUUGGGGCUGUUCCCCC